CCGUCAAAACCGGAAGUGUUGUGGUUGUGUAGUUAUGAUAUGUAAGCGGUGUGUUUAGCGCUGCUGGUUCAAUCUAACAUAUUUUUUUUUUACCUUUAAAAGAGUAGAACGAAGCCUCAGAAUGUCUGGGGGGACUCGUCUGGAAAACGCUAACCCUGUUAUUUUCCAGCGGUCGGGGGAGAGGCAGCUGACCGCGUCCGAGGAGGAUGAUGAUGUUCAUGACCCCAUCGACGACCGAGAAAUCUUCGAUCUGAUCAGAUCCAUCAAUGACCCAGAGCACCCCCUCUCUCUGGAGGAGCUCAAUGUGGUGGAGCAGGUCCGAGUAAAGGUGGAUGAUGCAGGGAGCACUGUGGGUGUGGAGUUCACUCCCACCAUCCCCCACUGCAGCAUGGCAACCCUUAUUGGUCUGUCAAUCAAAGUGAAGCUGCUGCGCUCCCUCCCUGACAGGUUCAAAAUUGACGUUCACAUCACCCCUGGAACUCACGCCUCAGAGGAUGCAGUGAACAAACAGCUGGCAGACAAAGAGCGAGUGGCUGCAGCUUUGGAGAACUCAUCGUUACUGGAGGUCGUCAAUCAGUGCCUUUCCACCAGGAGCGUCUGAGCCAAAAACCAGCUCUGUGUCAUCCUGCUUUGAGACACAUUUUGCACAAACAAAACAUGCAAGUAGCUAGCAGCUAGUUUUGGUCUGACUAGUUGUUCAGUCAUCUUGUUACAUAUAAAUGAAAACAGGUGUUCUCCACAGAAAAGUAUAGGGAUAUGAGGAAAAUAACACAAACUCAAAGAGUGAAAAAACACAUCUUUGAGUGAAAUGUGAAGGUCUUUGAUGUAAAAAGGUUAAUAAGAGUUUGAGUGACUUUGUAAAAUUAUUAAUGCUUGUGAAUUUUAUAAAGGAAAUGUACACAUUAAUUAAAUAAAAUGUUGAAAGUAUU